UACUUAGCUUACAAGAUGUAAAUUGACAUUGAAAUAUAUUUUUGGGAAUGUGCUUUUUGUGUUUCAUACUUGUUUAAAUUGAUAUCCUGAUAAAAGUUUGUCAGAAAUGGAGAAUAAAGACAUUAUAUCUGAUUCAGAUCAAAUUCUAGAUAACAAUUCAACUCCACAGCAGGUUAAAUUUAGUCACAAGCAGUGGAAGGCAUUAUUGAAGAAGCAGAAAAGGAAAAGAAAAAGACAGAAUGAAGCAUUAAUGAGAGAUAAAAAGGAUGAAGAAGAACAAAAGAAAAAAGAAGAAAGUCCAUCUUUCCAGGCAAAAGAAAGACAGAGGAAAGAAAUAGAACAAUUGGAAGAAAAGAGAGAAAAAGCAGAGAAAAUAUACUUCAAUAAACUAUGGAUGGAAAAAGAAAGACUAGCUCUUGAAGAAUUCGAAAGAAAGAAAAAAUGGGAAGAGAAUGAAAAAAUAAGACAAGUGGAAAUGGAGAAAAAGAUCAAAGAGGAAUGGGAAGAAAGGCAGAAAAAAGAAACAGAAGAAAAAGAAAAGGAAGAAAAAAGGAAGAAUAAGCAGGAUUCACUGCUUAAGCAGGCUACAGCUAAUGAAAACAAGGAAGGAGAAGCAGAAGGACCAUGGCAUAACCCUAUAGCAUCACUUAUACCAGGAAAAGAGAGAGAAACUUGUCCAUUCUUUGCCAAAACUGGAGCUUGUAGAUUCAACGAAAGAUGUUCAAGAGGACAUCCAGAACCUGAAACAAGCACGACGAUUUUGAUGAGAGGAAUGUACAGCCAUUUUGAGCUGGAACAAGGAUUACUUGAUGAAAAUGACACUGACCUAAUCUUAGAAUAUGAAGAAGGAGAAUUGUACAAUAAUUUUCGAGAUUUUUAUGAUGACAUUGUACCAGAAUUUAAAGCUGUUGGGAAGGUCGUACAGGUUAAGGUGUGCUGUAAUUAUGAACCACAUCUCAGAGGAAAUGUAUACAUACAAUUUGCAAGCGAUGAAGAGGCUCUUGCUGCAAUGGUUAAGAUGAAUGGUCGUUUCUAUGCUAGUAAACAGAUCAGCUGUGAGCCAGUUUUAAUCAAAUCAUGGAAAUCAGCCAUAUGUGGACUGUUUGGACGAGGAAGAUGUCCAAAGGGAAGGAACUGUAACUUUUUACACGUGUUUAAGAAUCCAAGGAAUGAAUUCUGGGAGUAUGAUAAACCUCAAAAUAAUUCUUAUAAUAGAUCGAUAAGAAGUCAGAGAUCAAGCAGAUCUAAUAGAUCAAGAUCAAGAUCACCUUAUAAAAGAUCACAUGACAGACACUCAUACUCCAGAGAUCGGUUUCAAGAUGACCAUAGGUCAAGAAGCAAAUAUAGAUCAAGAUCUCAUAGACAUUCCAGAUCAAGGUCAAGAGAUAGACACUCAAGGUCACAUUCAAGGGGUAAAAGAUAUUCAAGAUCAAGGUCUAGAUCAAGAUCUAAAAGAAAAUCUAUUGAAAGGAGUUCAAGUCAUUAUUCAAAAAGGAAGAAUUAUGAAAAAUCACGAUCAAGAGAGAGAGAAAGAAAUAGAUACUCAAGAUCAAGGUCAAGGUCUCAGUCAAAGGCAAUUUCUAAAGACAGAAGUGUACGCCAAGUGUCAAAACAAAAACUUUCUAAGUCGAGGAGUUUUUCAAGGAGUAGAUCAACCUCUAGAUCGCCAAGUAGACAUUCAAAUAAGAAAAAGAAGCACAAGCAUAAAAAGAGCAAGAAACAUUCUGGAUCAGACAAAAGUUCUAUUAAGACUGCCUCAAAUGGUGAAAUAGGCAUAGAUGAAGAGACUAGUCUUAGUAAAGAGGAUAGUGAACAGCCUGUCUCUGUUGAAUGAAUGUAUAAAAAAUAAAAUGAUAAAUCUUAAAAUGAUAGAUCAAUUACAAUGAUACAGGAUAAAAACUGCUUUAAGGAGGCUUGCGGGUACAAAAAUUUCAGCAAACAAUUAAACAUUUGUUUUUUCAUAACAAAUUUUAUUUAUUACACUAUUAGCUAUUACUUUAUGAUAAGAUACAAAAAUUAACAAAAAAAAUCGAUUUGGUUUGGGCCCAGAUGACUUUUAAAAUGUUUAUAUCAUUGAAAAAGCUCCAAAUUAUCUCCCUUUGGUGCAAAAAUAC